AAGCAAGCAAGCAAGACAAGGCAGACAAACGACAACAAGAUGCACGACGAACACACCCACCAUCGCAACAACAAGAACAACAUGCACCACCAUCGCCGCGCUGUCAGUGCGGUCUUCCUGUGCUUCUCGCGUCUCCUCCUCCUCCUCCUCCUCCUCCUCCUCCUCCUCCUCCUCUCGGCGUUCCCACACAGCGUGCGUGCGUCGAACCAGGCACCACAGUUUGCGGUGGAUCCAUUUCAGUUCAGCGUGAGCGAAAACUCGCCACAGGGAACUGUUGUGGGCCAUGUCUCCGCGUCGGAUCCCGACAACGAUGACAUUGUGCUAUCGCUCGUCUCCACCGACACGUUCAGCAUCAACCCAGCGGGGGAUGUGAUGCUCACCAGUACCUUGGAUGCGGAAACGCGGGCCCGGUACGAAUUCACAGUGCAGGCCACGGACUCCAACGCACUGACAAGCAACGCUCAGGUGAUUGUGCUUGUCACAGACGUGAACGAGCGCCCUUCGUUUACGGCGAACAUGUACACGAGAACAGUGCGGGAGGACGCUGCUGUGGGCACCGCCGUGGUCACCGUGGAUGCAAUGGACCCAGACACGUCGUCCACCAACAACCAGCUAUCCUUCUCGAUCGACUCUAUCACGGCCGCAUCCGAGCAGCAGCUCUUCGUGCUCAACCAGACCACUGCCACGUCCGCUGUGCUGCUGCUGAACAAGGCCUUGGACUUUGAGACGUCCCCCUCGCACACCGUCACUGUCAGAGUGACCGAUAGCGGCUCGCCGCGCUUGUCCGCCACCGUGGACGUCGACGUCAUCGUCCUCGAUGCCAACGACGCACCGGUGGCGACAUCGCCUGUGGUGGAAGUCUUGCUCGAAGAAAACGCCAACAUCAACACGAUUCUGCACGUGUUUGCGGUCUCCGACCCUGACGCUGGGCAGUCGCUCUCCUUCACCAUCGACCCUUCAACGGACCCCACAAACGCUUUUGCAAUGGACAGCAACGCGCUGAUUGUUGCAGACACCGUGGACGCGGAAAUGCUCCCGCCCACAUUUGACCUACGCGUCAUCGUCAGCGACAACGGAUCGCCGCCCCUCAACGCCACCAUCACGGUGCGCGUGCACUUGCACGAUGUCAACGACAACACGCCAAUGUGGGACCUGGGCACCAACCAGCUCAAUGUGUCGGAGAACCUUGCCGUGGGCAGCGUUGUCACUGCAUUGCGCGUCUCUGACGGCGACAAGUCUGCAGCGAACAGCGGCGUCACGGUGGCCAUCAAUGCGGGAAAUGAGGACGACACGUUUGCCCUUGUCACAAACGCCGACAACGAAACCCUUCUUGUGCUACGCAAGCCGCUCGACUAUGAAAGGACGUCUGUCUACAGCCUUGCGUUGACGGCAGAGGACACGGGGGAUCCGCCCCUGUCCAGGAGAACCAGCCUGACCAUUCGUGUCUUGAAUGUGAACGAAGCGCCUGUGUUCCUGCGCAGCGCAUAUCACGCCAGUGCCACGAGCCAUGUUGCCGUGGGCACACCGCUGCUCCCCAUCGCCAUCACUGACCCCGACGGCAACGAUGUCCUGGUGUUGCGUGUGGAGAACGUGUUGUUCAAGCCGCCAGGGGUUGGUGGUGCUGUGGUGAGCGCGAGUGGUGCUUUACACAUUGAGGCCAGCAGUGUGACGGUGACAACAGGCCGGCGCUUGCAAGCCGGCACCUACACGGCAGUGAUCACAGCUACUGGCGGCCUCAUAACAACCGCGCCGCUCACCAUCCACAUCGAACAAGCACCUCUGAGGGAGGUGCACAUGACAGAGGAUGUGGAAGGCAACCUGUACAUUCGCACAGCAACACAAGGGCAGCGCAUCCUCGUCAACGGCGUGGACGUGGUAAAAGGCGUGACAAGGACAGCAGCCACCCUUAAUGCCAUCACCCGAUACAGGUGCAGACACGGCGCACUCUCGCACACGUUUCCCACCAACCUCAACGAGGGGUUGGAAGACGGCAUCGCCUGGGACACAGCAGUGCUUGCCCCCGACGGCCUCGUGUACGCCAUCCCAUCCGUUGCCUCAGCAGUGGCUAUCAUCGACCCUGCCACCUUCACCGUGGACACCACCACCAUGGCUGAGUUUGACGGCAGCGCAGGCACGCUGCGCUGGGCAGGCGCUGUCCUGACGCAGGAUGAGCGGCGGAUUGUGGCCGUGCCCACCAUGGCUGAGGGUGUGCUUGUCAUCGACCCCUGGGCCAGGACGCACGACGUGCAUGCUGUUGCCCGUUCCGGCGCGAACGACAUGUGGCGUGGGGCCGUGCUCGUCGGUGAUGGCCGAGUGUGCGGGCUGCCGUGGAGAGGAGGCUACCUGCUGCUGUUUGACCCCACCACCAACACCACGGACGCCACGUCGGUGGCUGUGCCGCUCGAAAACGACGGCCACCGCGCGUGGCUUGGUGGCGUGCUUGCAGGCAACGGCCUGGCAUAUGCGCCGCCUUUCCGCGCCACCAGCGUGCUUGUCAUUGACGCCGCCAAGGACGAGGUGCGCACCCUGCCGGUUCCCCUGUACACCGAAGACGACGACCGCAAGAAGUGGUCCUCGGCCGUGCUUGCAGGCAACGGCAAGGUGUACUGCGUCCCGGCGACAGGAGUGCCUGUCGUGCUCAUCAUCGACCCGCACACAGAUGCCAUCGACACAACCACCAUCAGCACCGUGCCUGCGCUGCCCAGCAUCCUGUGGUCCCGCGCCGUGCUGAGCAGCAAGGGCUACAUCCACGUGCUCCCUUCGGAUGGAGACACUGUGCUCGUGAUUGACCCGAACCGCAACACCAUCGACUACACCAGCAUGGGCGGCCUUGGCAACAUCACCGCCAACGCCGUAUGGAAGACGACAGUUGCCAUCCCGUCUGCUGAUGACAACGGUGGCGGUGGAGGUGGCGGUGGGGGCAGUGGAGGUGGCGUGCUUGCUCUCUCCGGUGACGGGGCCACUGCGCUCUUCGUUGACACACACACAUGCAUGGAAGUCCUGGAGACUGGUAGUGGGAAGGGUGGAUGA